AUGAGCCAAAGUUUUCAAUGUGAGCCGUUAGUUGUCUACUACAUGAGCCAAAGUUUUCAAUGUGAGCCGUCAGUUGUCUACUACAUGAGCCAAAGUUUUCAAUACACAUUUGAUGCUUCCUUUGAUGCUACAUUUGAUGCUACAUUUGAUGCUACAUUUGAUGCUACAUUUGAUGCUACAUUUGAUGCUACAUUUGAUGCUACAUUUGAUGCUACAGUUGAUGCUACAUUUGAUGCUACAUUUGAUGCUACAUUUGAUGCUACAUUUGAUGCUACAGUUGAUGCUACAGUUGAUACUACAUUUGAUGCUACAUUUGAUGCUACAGUUGAUGCUACAUUUGAUGCUACAUUUGAUGCUACAUUUGAUGCUACAUUUGAUGCUACAUUUGAUGCUACAUUUGAUGCUACAUUUGAUGCUACAUUUGAUGCUACAUUUGAUGCUACAGUUGAUGCUACAUUUGAUGCUACAUUUGAUGCUACAUUUGAUGCUACAUUUGAUGCUACAUUUGAUGCUACAGUUGAUGCUACAUUUGAUGCUACAUUUGAUGCUACAGUUGAUGCUACAUUUGAUGCUACAUUUGAUGCUACAUUUGAUGCUACAUUUGAUGCUACAUUUGAUGCUACAGUUGAUGCUACAUUUGAUGCUACAUUUGAUGCUACAUUUGAUGAUACAGUUGAUGCUACAUUUGAUGCUACAUUUGAUGCUACAGUUGAUGCUACAUUUGAUGCUACAUUUGAUGCUACAGUUGAUGCUACAUUUGAUGCUACAUUUGAUGCUACAUUUGAUGCUACAUUUGAUGCUACAUUUGAUGCUACAGUUGAUGCUACAUUUGAUGCUACAUUUGAUGCUACAUUUGAUGCUACAUUUGAUGCUACAUUUGAUGCUACAGUUGAUGCUACAUUUGAUGCUACAUUUGAUGCUACAGUUGAUGCUACAUUUGAUGCUACAUUUGAUGCUACAGUUGAUGCUACAUUUGAUGCUACAUUUGAUGCUACAUUUGAUGCUACAGUUGAUGCUACAUUUGAUGCUACAUUUGGUGCUACAUUUGAUGCUACAGUUGAUGCUACAUUUGAUGCUACAUUUGAUGCUACAUUUGAUGCUACAUUUGAUGCUACAUUUGAUGCUACAGUUGAUGCUACAUUUGAUGCUACAUUUGAUGCUACAUUUGAUGCUACAUUUGAUGCUACAUUUGAUGCUACAUUUGAUGAAAUCUUUUUGGACCUGGACCCACAUCAAGGGGCAAGUUUAAAGGAAAUAGAUCCUAGUGACGUCUUCAACUCAGAUUCUAGUGACGUCUUCAACUCAGAUCCUAGUGACGUCUUCAACUCAGAUUCUAGUGACGUCUUCAACUCAGAUUCUAGUGACGUCUUCAACUCAGAUCCUAGUGACGUCUUCAACUCAGAUUCUAGUGACGUCUUCAACUCAGAUUCUAGUGACGUCUUCAACUCAGAUUCUAGUGACGUCUUCAACUUAGAUUCUAGUAACGUCUCACAAGAAAAUUCCUAUCAUGAUGACAAGAGUGACGAUGACAAGUGUGACGAUGACAAGUGUGACGAUGACAAGUGUGACGAUGACAAGUAUGAUGAAGACAAGUAUGAUGAUGACAAGUAUGAUGUUGACAAGUAUGAUGAUGACAAGUAUGACGAUGACAAGUAUGAUGAUGACAAGUAUGAUGAUGACAAGUAUGAUAUUGACAAGUAUGAUGUUGACAAGUAUGAUGAUGACAAGAUGUGCCCUAAGCCUUAUGGAAUAGACCUUUCUGCAAUCCCACAGGUCAAUAAUUAA